GACUAUACUUGAGGGUGACCAUUCCUGUUCAGGCACUGGAUAGGCAGAGAGGACAACCCAAACUAGCUCGUCACAGACUCAGCGCUUCCGCUUCGUAAAGCGUACUACUGUGGAUCGUUGGUGUGUGAAGGGAGGGAGAGAGAGAGAGGAGGGAGGAAAGAAGCUUGGUGACGGACUUGCUCCUCUGGAACACUGCUACUAUAUUGCUAUGUGCUAUCACCAGGGAAGGCUUCCCGAACAUAUCGACUAUAAGAUGUACAAUAAAGUAACACCGCGCGCGUUAUUUUAGCCAUCUUUGCAAGACUCUUGAAUGGUCUUGGUCGCUAGGGCGCAGUCAAUCUGAAGAUAGAGACAAUCCAUGGAGAUACUGGAUAGCCUUUUCUGGCUACACAUUGGGAUAUACAUUGAAUUGGGUGGAAACUCUUAGCAAACAUUUUUUGAAGUAACUACGUCGGCUGUUCCAUAGCUUCACAAGAUUGAAAGUGACGUUUCUGGUUACAAGUUGAGGCCUUGGUCUCCGGAGCUCCAGACAUGGCGGACCAGGAUGAAACCGUUGGGCUCCAAAAUUCGACAAGCGGUUCAGAGUCAAAGGAAUUGCACUCCGAGAGUAAAGCAGAUAAACCAAAUGGAACUUCGGGCAAAUCUCCAUCCUCCCAGACGACAUAUAUUCAACAGGGAAUGGAGGGGAUAAAAGUGUACCUGCACGAGAGGGAACUGUGGGAGAAGUUUCACGAGGUGGGGACGGAGAUGAUUAUCACCAAAGCGGGAAGAAGAAUGUUUCCCAGCUUCAAAGUGAAGGUCACUGGAUUGAACCCUAAAACAAAAUACAUACUCCUGAUGGAUGUCGUGCCUGCGGACGACCAUCGCUACAAGUUCGCCGAUAAUAAAUGGUCUGUGACCGGGAAGGCCGAACCUGCCAUGCCCGGGAGGCUCUACGUUCACCCGGACUCUCCUGCAACUGGGGCGCAUUGGAUGAGGCAGCUAGUCUCUUUCCAGAAGCUGAAACUGACGAACAACCACCUGGAUCCUUUUGGACAUAUUAUCCUGAACUCCAUGCAUAAAUACCAACCCAGGAUUCACAUCGUGAAAGCGGAUGAAAAUAACGGCUUUGGCUCCAAGAACACGGCGUUUUGUACCCACGUCUUCCCAGAGACUGCCUUCAUUGCGGUUACGUCCUACCAGAACCAUAAGAUAACCCAGUUGAAGAUAGAGAACAACCCAUUUGCCAAAGGCUUCCGCGGGAGUGAUGACAUGGAGCUCCAUCGGAUGUCCAGAAUGCAAAGCACUAAGGAGUACCCGGUGGUCCCUCGCAGUACGGUGCGCCAGAGGGUGGGCACCAGCCAGAGCCCAUUCAGUGGGGAGGUGCAGGGUAUUGCCAACCCCAGUGGCCUGGCCUCCCAGUACACCCAGUGUGAGAACGGGGCCACCAGCACCUCACAGGAUCUCCUGCCCCAGUCUGGCUCCUACCCUCUCCCACACGAGCACAGCCAGGACUACCACUGCAUCAAGAGAAAAGUGGAGGAUGACUGUCACUCAGGAGAGCACACCUACAAGAAGGCUUACCUGGAGAGUUCCUCCAGCGAGGACGACCAUUACUACCGUCCCGUCAGCUACCCACAGAGCCUGGGCCUGCCCGGGGGGCCCUACAGGACCGAGUCCAGCCAGAGGCAGGCCUGUAUGUACGCUAGCGCCUCCCAGGGGGCCGAGCCCGUCCCCAGCCUGGAGGACAUCAGCUGCAACACCUGGGCCGGCGUCUCACCCUACAGCAGCUGCUCCGUCACCACCAUGCAGCCAAUGGAGCGGCUGCCCUACCAGCACUUCUCUGCCCACUUCACCUCGGGGCCCCUGGUGUCCAGACUGAGUGGGUUGGCAGGCCACGCCUCUCCGCAGCUGGGUGACGCCCACCACGCCAUGUACCAGGGCCCCAUGGCCCAUCAGACUCUGGGCCGCCAGUGCAGCCCCGGGGCAGGCAUCCAGUCACCCACUGCAGGUCUCCAAGGCAGCGAGUACCUGUACUCACACGGGAUCCCGCGCACGCUGUCGCCUCAUCAGUACCACGCGGUGCACAGCGCCAGCAUCAUGCCAGAGUGGAAUGAGAGCAGCUAAAAGGGAUUUCUUCAUAGGAACGAUGAAGAAGUUAUAGAAAAAAAGGACAGUGAGAAGGUGGGACUUUAGAUACAUCUAUAUUUAUAUUUUUUAAGCUAUAUACAGUAUGGCAGUGCAGUCUCGUGAGAUUAGUGGGUGAUCCAUGAAUGCCUCAAGCAUUGGACAUUGGACAUUGGACUCAGAGGAAGUGGGAAUGUCUUUGCAGUUACUGCGCCUAUGGGCAAACAUCAUGAGGAUGAUCAAAACAAGGUGGAGACAAGCAUUAACCAUCGAGUUUUUAGGAGUCUUAUUAGGACAACUAAAUACGAGUUUAAAAGCCAAUGCUUUUAAACGAGGGACAGAAGUGACUUUAUCAAGAGACUCCCAUUUUUAAAAUGUCCUGUUUUGACAGUGUAUUAUACAUCUUGGUGCGUGAAGGAUAUGUUUUCUUCUUUUUUCUGCUUCAAGUUGAAAUCUUGUUGACCUUUACCCUGUCGACCUUUACCCUGUCGACCUUUACAUGCUUUAGAUUUUGUGCAAAAAAAAAGUUUUCAUUCUGUUUGGGGCUUUUGUAGUGAAACACUUACUUUCUAAAAAGCAUUCUACAGAAAUUCAGAAGAUGUGAUUCUUAUUCUGUGGCUAUUUUGAAAACAUACUCGGUGAGUUGCUGGCCAGAUUCGUCAAUCAAAAUGACAAAGGGCAGAAAACAUUCGAUACUUACAUGAAAGACAUUGUAUUGCUCGGCAUUAAACUUGAAUACAUGACCACCAUAUCCAUGGAUACGGGUCGACAUAACGGUGAGGUCAUAGGCAGUUGACAGGUCAAUAAGCUGACAGUGUGUUCUGUAGAGGAAGUGUGUAUUGAUAUCCUCUCUAACUCUGGCAUGUACAACAUACACUUUGACCUGGAAAUAUUUGGAUGUGGUUUACCGUUUGUCUGGGGAAGGUGUGUGGAAAAAUGUACCUGCAACGAAAGCUAAGACACAAGAAACCUUCUGACAUAGUGGUUCUCAUUCAGACACUGCCCUUAUAAGAGAUAUAAGCUAGAACCGGUGAAAAGUUGAUUGCAUAUUUUUAUUUGGGUAAUUGAAAACACAAUUUUUUUUAGUCUAUGUUGUACCCAGUAAAUGUGUGUUGUUUCUCAAUCUUUUCAUUUAUGCUCCUACAAUUGGCACUUCUCCCACGACUACAGUCAUGAACUCAACUAGAGCAAACAAAGAUAUGUCUGGUGUGUGACGCCUUUAACAAUGUAGAAUGCAAAGAACCAGAGGCAAAGAUUGAUAUAGACAAAUAAUGAUAAUAUGAAAUCAUGGUCACUUCAGAGAUUAUACAAGACAUCAGUCAAAAUACACGUCAUUUCUGCCAACAUAUGGAAGUCAUGUUAUAUGUUAAAGGUCAGUUUUUAUGUAUGGACAAAGACUUUUAAAAUGCUUGUAGUUGAUAGAACGUUACUUGUCGAUAGUAUUUAUUUUUUUCCUGUAUUGUAAAUCAACUUGUUCCUGUUGUAUCGACAACGAAAUGUGUUAGUCGGUCCCGUUCUUUUUGUUACUUUGUCAUUUAGGCUAAAUGUAUUUUAUUUUUUUAAUCCUCCUGCUUUAGACAUCAGGACAUUCAUUUACAGUUGUCAAAAGUCUAAGAAAGACAGAGAUUGAUUACUGUGGUGUAAAUAAACACAGGUGUAUAUAGAAUACGGAAUACUUGCAAUACAUUUAAAAGAGGAUUCUG